UUGAGGAUGAGCUGGAAAUGACAAUGGUGUGCCAUCGGCCUGAGGGACUGGAACAGCUUGAGGCACAGACCAACUUCACCAAGAGGGAGCUACAAGUUCUGUACAGAGGCUUUAAAAAUGAGUGUCCCAGUGGGGUGGUUAAUGAAGAAACAUUCAAACAGAUAUACUCCCAGUUUUUCCCACAUGGAGAUGCAAGCAUGUAUGCUCAUUAUCUCUUCAAUGCCUUUGAUACCACUCAGACGGGUUCUGUGAAGUUUGAGGAUUUUGUAACUGCAUUGUCGAUUUUGCUGAGAGGAACCGUCCAUGAAAAGCUGAGGUGGACCUUCAAUUUGUAUGACAUCAACAAAGAUGGCUAUAUAAAUAAAGAGGAAAUGAUAGAUAUCGUCAAGGCCAUUUAUGACAUGAUGGGGAAAUACACUUAUCCUGUGCUCAAAGACGACACUCCAAGACAACAUGUAGAUGUGUUUUUCCAGAAAAUGGACAAGAACAAAGAUGGCGUUGUGACUUUAGAUGAAUUUCUCGAAUCCUGUCAAGAGGAUGACAACAUCAUGAGAUCCCUUCAGCUCUUUGAAAAUGUCAUGUAACCAUAAGUGCGUAAGAGAGACAUCUGGACAUCAGAGACAUUGUACCAGGAAAAACAAACCAACUCAAGAAACCGAGCAGUCCCCAGUUCGGAUUUUAAACACCAACUCUGAGCAGAAAAGCUUUUCAAGAAGAACUUUGGGAGCAUUUACCAUUGGAUGAUUCCUACGGACACCCACUGCCUGCCUCGGUCUCAGAAUGCUAAGAACCCUGCCUAUUCUUUCUCCUUUUUCUCAAGAGACAGCGAUGGGAUUUUAUUUCAUUUCAAAAGCAUGUGAAUCUCUUCAGGCCACUGCCACCAUGGACAGGUCCCUCUGCUCCAAGCUUUAUUGCUAGUGCACAGUAAUCUGUGUGUGCUUCCACAUCCCCCCAGCUCAAAGGCUCCCACACCCAUUGAUGCCAGGAGCACUGAGUGGUGAGCCCGCUCUGCUGUUUGCCUGCUGUGCGUGGAAGCUACUCAGCCCAUCCUUCAAUGUCAUCCUGUACCAACAUACCCUUUCAUUUAAACUAAAAAACAAAAACUUGUGCAGUAAGGCCAAACCAGGGCUAUAUUCAGAAAACCAGCAUCAGAUGGAUUCCCUUUCCAGUCCUGUGGGGGUGGGUCUGGUUGAUUAAAAAUAACAUAUUCUCAUGACCCAAAUUCCUUUGAUGUUUCCAAACAUGAGGGCCAAUUACACUGUUCUCUGCCUAACAUCCCCAACGGCAAUUUAGUCCUCCGUCUUUCCUGGGAGGGAAAUGGAGGGGACGAACUGGACUAUGGUAUGACCUAUGGCACACACUAGUGCUCUCUGUAGCAGCAUUUCCUCCUACCCCAAAGCCCAGCACUGCAUGUCCCACCCAGCUGCCCUUGCCCAAGGUCGUCUCUAGAUCCUUGUAAUUUUAUACCAUGUUCUAACCAAUAAACAUGACUGUUUCUUAUGCUA